GUAAAUGCAGCACAAUUCCCCCAAAGGAUAGUUAGUGCUUCACUUGGAAACUUAACAGACGACUCCUUGGAUUAGGCGUCGGCGUUCCGAAUUUCAAAAUUGCGUUUUAAUUCAAGCACCUCACUCACACUAUUUCACUAUAUAAAUAGGGAACCUACACAUGAAGAGUCACAACACAAUCUCUCCCUGCACUGCACUAGCUAGCUCACGCUAGAGUAAGCGAGGAUGACCACGGCAAGGUACAACGUUCGCUUCGGCUCCGCCGUGAUCGAUACCACGGUCACCAGCGACACCGCGGCUGCCGACGAGUGGGUCCGCAGCGUGCGGGCCUCCAACGCCGACGGCCGCGGCCUCAUCGUGGGGCUCGACUGCGAGUGGAAGCCCAACUACCACUCGUGGACGACCUCGAAGGUGGCCAUCCUCCAGCUCUGCGUCGGCAACACCUGCCUCGUCCUCCAGAUGUUCUACGCCAGCCGCGUCCCCGCGGCCAUCAGGGCCUUCCUCGGCGACCCCACGGUGCGGUGCGUCGGCAUCGGCGUCGGCGAGGACGUUGCCAAGCUCGCGGACGACUACGGCCUCGUCUGCGCGGCGCCCGUAGACCUGGAGGCCCGCUGCAACCGGCACCUCGGCAUCGGCGGCGGCCUCGGCAGGACCAGGCUGGGGCUCAAGGGCUACGCCAGGGAGGUGCUUGGGCUCACCAUGGAGAAGCCGCGCCACGUCACCAUGAGCAACUGGGAGAAGCGCCAGCUUGACGUGGCGCAGGUGCAGUACGCUUGCAUCGACGCCUACGUCUCCUACAAGCUGGGCGAGCGUCUCCUCGACAACUGAUGUUUGGAACUUUGGAUACUGCAGAAGAAUUGUCAAUCUAGGGUACCUUAAUAGUAAUCUGCAACUUCUCUUUCGGACUGCUAGCGCCAAUCUGUGACGCGUUUACUUAGCUAUGCGAGUUUGGUUUCAUGCAUGUUCUAUUGAUGUUGCGCUCGAUUUUAGAUUAUCUAAUGCAUCUGAGUGGA